UAAUAAGAGAAGUUUCCAGAAAAGACUGUUCAUCCAGUCGGAGGUAAAAGGAAACACACCAAGUUCAUCAAAAACGCCAGCACUUAAAGACAGAAAAUGUGACACAACUCGUCAGGUUCAGGUUUGAGGAGCAGAGCCACAACGUAGAACUAGGAGAAGAACCACUAUGGAGAACCAAAAGCAGAACCAAGAUGAAGAAUCAGGAGCAGAACCAUAACAUAGUACCAGAAGCACAACCAUAACUAAGAACCAGGAGCGGAACAAUGACUGAAAACCAGGGGGAUAACUAUGACGGAGAACCAGGAGCAGAACCCCCUCCUGGCGCUGAAGGUCAAACUCCUCCUCCAUGUCAUCUCCACACACAUACUAGUUAUCAUCAUCAACAUCAUCAUCAUGUUGAAGGUUCUACUGGUUCUGUCAGUUAGUUCUCCUUUGCAGAUCAAGAACCAGAAUGCAGCUGGACCAGUUCUACCAUGUGGUCUCUUUCAUUUUUCUGGUUCUUUGAGACUCAUUACAAUAGUGAUGUAAACACUGGUACAUCUGGUACCAAAUGGACCUCUGAACCGCUGAUCUUCAGGAGAACCAGGUCUGAACCCUGGUGGACUCCAGGUCUGAACCAUGGUGGACUCCAGGUCUGAACCCUGGUGAUUCUCUGCUCCGGACUCUGACAUUGGACCUUUAAAUGGAGGCUGCUGUACUGGAGGAUGCUGGGAUAUUUUAGGAUGACGAUGCUGAGGAUGAGGAUGACGUCCGGGGGGCGGGGCUCCGCUGGUCCCUUUAACCUCAGCAGUGCUGACGUCAGACCGGAUAAGCCGGUAAAAGCUGCGCUGUGUGUAGGCUCCGGGAGGGACGGACUCCUCCUCCUCCUCUUUGUCUCCAUGCGGAUCUCCUCCCUCCCGAUCCGACACAAACACCGAGCCUUCCUCAGCCGCCGCCCCGACCUGCCGCUGCCUCCGGCCGGCGGUGCGUCCCGGCCGAGCCCCGCUGAGGUGGCCUGGGUCUCGGGGAGGGAUGCUGGUCCCGGACUGAUCCGAGAUCGACGCCACGGAGGAAGCAGGACGUGACCGGGCAGGAUGCCUCUGACUCCGGUCAGUGAGUCCGAACAGGUGACCAUGGCGGAUGGUCUCCCUGAGCCGCCAACUCCGCCCACCAAGUCAUCAAGCCGCCUCAGUCUUUCACGAUGUCGCAGCUCCAUCGCAGACGAGCAGCCGCACAUCGGUAACUACCGCCUCCUGAAAACCAUCGGGAAGGGCAACUUUGCCAAAGUGAAACUGGCCCGACACACUCUGACGGGACGCGAGGUUGCCAUCAAGAUCAUUGACAAAACGCAGCUCAAUCCCAGCAGUCUGCAGAAGCUUUUCAGGGAAGUGAGUGUGAUGAAGAUCCUCAACCACCCCAACGUUGUGAAACUCUUUGAGGUGAUUGAGUCGGAGAAGACAUUGUACCUGGUAAUGGAAUACGCCAGUGGAGGUGAGGUGUUCGACUACCUGGUGGCUCAUGGACGCAUGAAGGAGAAGGAAGCCCGAGCCAAGUUCCGCCAGAUUGUGUCUGCAGUGGAGUACUGUCACCAGAAGAGGAUUGUUCACCGAGACCUCAAAGCUGAAAACCUGCUGCUCGACGCUGACAUGAACAUCAAAAUCGCUGACUUCGGCUUCAGCAAUGAGUUCACGUUGGGCAGUAAGUUGGACACGUUCUGCGGAUCUCCUCCAUACGCUGCUCCUGAACUCUUCCAGGGUAAGAAGUAUGAUGGGCCGGAGGUGGACGUGUGGAGUCUGGGGGUGAUCCUGUACACGCUGGUCAGUGGAUCGCUGCCUUUUGACGGACAGAACCUCAAGGAGCUGAGGGAGCGCGUCCUCAGAGGGAAGUACCGCAUUCCCUUCUACAUGUCUACAGACUGUGAGAACCUGCUGAAGAAGCUGCUGGUCCUGAACCCUGGGAAACGCAGCAGUCUGCAGCAAAUCAUGGAGGAUCGAUGGAUGAACGCGGGCUACGACAAGGAGGAUCUGAAACCGUACUCGGAGCCAGAACCGGAGUUCAAUGACCUCAAACGCAUAGAGCUAAUGGAGACCAUGGGUUUCCCUCCAGAGGAAGUGAGGACAGCGUUGGAGGGUCAGAAGUACAACGAAGCCACAGCGACCUACCUGCUACUGGGGAAGAAACCCGCAGAGUUUGAAGGAGGCGAGUCCUCGUCAAGCAGUGGUCUGCUUCAGAGGUCAAGACCUAGCAGUGACCUCAAUGGCUCCUCCCAGUCCCCUGCCCACUCCCGCAAUGUCUCAUCCAAUCAGAAGCAGCGGCGUUUCAGCGACCACGUGGCGCCCUCCAUCCCCCCACCCGUUUCCUACACCAAGCAUAGCCAUGCCAACAGUGUAGAAAGCGACCGAACGGAUGACCAGGGAAACUCAGCGAUGGGAGCACCGGACCGCAGGAAGUCGGCCACAGCUUCAGGGAGCAUGAGCCGGAGGAACACGUAUGUGCACGAGCGGAUGAGUUCUGAACGCCACUCGGUUGUUCUCCCCAAUGGGGCCGACAGCAGUCUCCCGGAGGUACCUAUAGCAUCCCCCUCCCCGUCGCCGGGGGCAACCGUUUCCUCCACUCGCCCCCGUCACGUGAAGUCCAUGUCGGCGUCGGGACAUCCCAUGAAGUCGUGCCUCCCGCCCAUCGACGACAGUGCAGAAUAUCAGAGCUCCGCCCACCCCCCAUCCUCGUCACCCUCUGCCUUCAGCAUCGCCAGCAGCAGCAGCACGCCACCCGACCGGAUCCGCUUCCCCCGCGGAUCCUCCAGUCGCUCCACCUUCCAUGGCCCUCACCUUCGAGACAGACGACCUGCCACCUACAACGGCCCACCCACCUCACCCGCUCCAGUGCAGCAGCCCAUCCCCUCGCUGGGCACGCCCCACCGUGGCACCUCCGGCUCCCUCAUAGGCAAGAUCACCUCCAAGUUUGGACGAAGGAGUUUAUCAGGUGAGUCCAAGGAGGAGGAGCGGGACUCCAAGCCUCGCUCUCUGCGCUUCACCUGGAGCAUGAAAACCACUUCCUCCAUGGAGCCAGUGGACAUGAUGAAGGAGAUCCGGAGGGUUCUGGACUCAAACAACUGUGACUACGAGCAGCGUGAGCCCUACCUGCUGUUCUGUGUCCAUGGCGACGGCCGCCACGACAGUCUGGUCCAAUGGGAGAUGGAAGUGUGCAAGCUGCCCCGCCUUUCACUCAAUGGGGUGCGGUUUAAGAGGAUCUCUGGGACGUCCAUUGCCUUCAAGAACAUCGCCUCCAAAGUGGCCAACGAGCUCAGGCUGUGAAUGUGUUACUAUCAGCAAUAUUCCUGACGUUCUGCUGUAUCACCUGUUAAAACUCACCUGAUUAAAUGUACACAACACGCUCACUAUUUAAAAUCACUGAAUGUUUGCCUGUUAAACCAAAUAUUAAAAUGCCUGAACACACA